AUGGGCAGCUUUCGGACGAGAUUGAUACUCUCUUUACCGUUUGUGAUCUUGAGCUUCUUACUCACCCGCGCACCGUUCACAAUGACUUCAGUGGCCCCGUCUAAGCCCUGGGCGGAUGGGCCCUUGACCCUGAUCGCAACUCCUCAGUUCCAAACCAAAAAGACCGAUAUCUUUACAUCGGGAGCGACACACAUGGCCCUACUACACAACUCAAUUUUUCGCGGUUACAACUCUAUAUACCGCCAAGCUCCCAUCGUCGCCGAUCGGGAUAAGACUGACUUCUUGGGCUACUGCCUCACCUGGCUUAAAUUCGUCAAAUCGCACCACGAAGAUGAGGAAGCCACUCUCUUCACGAAAGUUGAAGAUCUUCUCAACGACAAAUCGAUUUUCGAGGAAACACAAAAAGAACACGCGUCUUUCCUUGCUGGCCUUGCAGAAUUCGAGCGAUACUUGACCGGCUUGAAGACGCCCUCUGAACUGUCUGGGGAGGAACUCGUCCGCAUUCUGGACUCUUUCCAGCAGCCAUUUGAGCAACACUUCCACAACGAAAUCACGACGAUUUCCAAGUUUUCCGGCCAUCCUAAUGCGCCUAAGCAGGGGACACCCGAGAACGACGCCGCGUCAGCGACAUUCAAGGCAUGGGGCAAGAGCACUGUUACCAAAGCUGGAGUUGCGGAUGUCGUCCCCUUUUUCUUGCUCAACCUUGACCGUACCUUUGAGGAUGGCCUGUGGGCGAACUGGCCCCCAAUGCCUGCUCCCAUUCGAUGGGGCCUGAUUAACAUCGCUGGGUCCUGGCACUCCGGUCGGUGGAGGUUUGCUUCCUGCGACGCUGCCGGGCAGCCAAAGGAACUCUGGGCACAUGGAGCUACUGCUUAG